GUCGAGAAAGCACUCUCUGAGAGAGCGUCAAGGGCUCGCAGCAUUAGGGGGCCCCUCUUUGGCCAGCUGAGAGGCAGCUCGUUAGCCAUGAAUGCCCAGGUAUCCUUCCUGGAGGGGACCUUGAGCCUCAUCCACAUCCCAGUGGACCUCUAUCCCAAUCUCCUCCAGCCGAUCCUCCAGGUCCUGCUCCCGCCCAGCCAAGAUACCAGGCAAAGCAUCACAGACGGCAUCACCGUUGACAACCACAAGCAUGGCUUCCUCAACAUCAGCGUCACGCCGAUCGAGUGCUCGAUUGUGUGCAACUCGGCCUGGGCAAAGUCCGUUUUCGAACCUGCCAUCCAGCGCCUGCCCAAGGACCGGGCCAAGACGGUCGCCAUCGCCAAGGACACAUAUGCCGCUCUCAGCGUCUCUGGCGCGGGCGUGGACGCUGGCUCGCGUGUUGCCGAUCUGACUUCCCCGUUGGCGAUGGCCAACAUCCCUAUUUUCUUCAUCACGACGUAUUAUUCCGACUUCAUCCUUGUGCCGGAUAAAGAUCGCCAAGCUGUGAUCACGACGCUGCUGGCAAAGGGAUUCGUUUUUGUCGAGGAUGACCAGUCGCAGCUGGUGUCUCGUGACCCCUCUCCGACGACGACAAGCCACCCACACGGCUUCGAUUUCGAUCCCAGCCACAGCCGCGCGCCCAGCCAAGGCGGCGAGCCCCCUUCUCCGCAUCCCUCAUCCGUCGACGAUCUCCAGGAACGCACCUUCGCCCUCCUCAGGAGGCGCAACGUCACCCCGCAUAUCGAGCCCGACCUCGUCCUGGUACACUGCACCGGCAUCCGCGGCGCCGGCACGCAGCACCCCCAUCACCAUCCUUCCGCUUCCUCCAUCACCCGCUCGCGCGGCCCCAACGGCAGCCGCCGCGGUUCAGCCAAAACCAUCGCCGGUCCGGCCUGGGUGGACACGGUCGACACGAAGCUCUACACCGGCAUCGUGGCGGCGCUGGUGGCGCAGCCGCGCUUCCUGAGCGUCUCGCUCGCGCCCGACGACAACCCGCCGUCGCUGCUGCUGGACCGGGCGCUGCUGCCCCUCUUCGGCGACACGCUGGUGGGGCCGGUGGACGGCGCGCUCGUGCCCAUCUUCUUGGACCUGGCGGACCUGCCGUUCGAGGCCACGGGGAUAGUGUCGGGCGUGGCGGGCCGGCUGGUCAGGCAGCUGCGGAUGGAGGACGGCGCCGAGCUGUCGUACCUGUCGACGGCGAGAGCCGGGGCAGUCAUCUUGUCGAGCGAGCACGCCGGGGUGGCGUUGGGGAUUUUGGGCCCGCUCCUGGGGGGAGGGGGUGUGUAGGAAGGUCGCACGGGGCUGGCAGUGGAGAGGGCGAGGGAAGAGAAAGGGGGGAAGAGGGGGC